AUGAACGAAAAAGUAAUUCAUAGUUUCGAGGGUGUUUGCCCAUUGACUUACUAUGGAGUGUAUGGUAUUAAAAAAAGUUUUAAUAUGCCAAAUUUUCCAUGUUCGGAUAAGUCUGAACAAUUAUCUCUGAAAAAACAUCUCAUGUAUAAACACAAUUUAUCGAAUACAGCUGCAAAUAAAAUCGUUAUUGAUCGUAUGAAUAACCACAUCAAUGAGAAACAAUCUCAUAAUAAAAAUGAUUUAAUAUUUAAUAAUACCCAAGAAUUAUUUUCUCAUUCAGUUCAUUGGCAUAAAGGUCGAUGUCCAUUUUCCUAUGGAUUCAAUAAUGUUUUUAAUUUAACAUUAUCAAAUAAUCAUAUUAAAAAUUAUAAUUGUCGACAUGCAAAACAAUGUUUACUUUUAUCACAUUUACGUGUAUCACAUAAUUUAAAUAUAAAAUCUGCUAAAAAAAUUGUCAAAACAAUGAUGACAUCAUCGAUUGAAAGUAAACAAAAAUCAUCGAUUGAAAAUGAUAUUAGAGAAAUUAUUUUAUUUCAAAAAGAUGAUGCAGUCUUAAAUACAAAUCCAAAUAUUUAUAAUGAUGAUCGAAGAUUUCGACAUUAUUGUCCUCUAACAAAUAUAACAGCAAGUAUAAAUGAAGAUAUACAAGAUCAAUCAUUACUCAAUGUGCCUUGUAAUAAAACCAAUGAAAAAUUUAUACUUUUUGCACAUCUUCAGCAUUAUCAUCAAAUGAGUGGUGAACUUGCACUUCGUUUAAUUCGCUCUAUCCGAACUAGUACAGAAUCAACAGUAAUUAACGAGCUUAUUAUCAAUAAUAAUAAACAAUCGACAUCAACGAAUAAUACUGCUACUACUACAGCAACAACCACAGCAGCAGCUGAUGAAAUUGAUAUUGUACCUUAUAAAUGUUUAUGUCCUUAUUCAACAACAUCGAAUCAUGGAAAUUCAAAUUUAUUAAAAAAAUUUAUAAGAUUUGUGAAAAAUAUUCCUUGUGAUCGUCCGUGUCCAGUAAAUCUCUAUCGACAUUUACGAAAUUAUCAUAAAGUUGAUUUACAACACGCGAAAGAUAUCACUCGGACUAUAAUGCUUUGUAAAACAGUGAAAUCAGAGAGUUUAACCGAUCAACAAACUUCAACAACCACCAGAAAACGAACUAAAAAAGCAACAAAUAAUUAUGAAACGACAAUUUCAUUAGUACAUGUAAAUUUGAACAGUGUGAAUUCAGAGACGAAAAAUGAAUCCAUUGAUUUCUUAAUUGACAAUGAAAAUCCUGAAGAUUGGGAUUCAUCAAUGAUAAACGAUGAAGAAUCACUUUUUCUAUCAUUUGAUGAAGAGAGAUUAAAUGGUGAUGAUGAUGACGAUGAUAUUGAUAGAGAUUUUUAA